CUAAAUGUAGUUGUACUUAUUGCUAUCAUGCUGCAAGCCUUCUUAUUAACUAAGGAUAGUGCCUAUUCUGUAGCACUGCAUGGUGGUAUAUGCCCCACCAUUAGCACAAAAUGGACACAAGGGAAAACAAGCACAAACAAGGAAUAAGGGCAGCAACCUACCCCAAACAAUCUCGAUCCGCCACCAAAUUCUACAAGAGGUGUCAAGCAGCGCAAGGUACCAUGAGCGAUCAUCUUGAAAAAUGCGAGAUGCCUGCAGUGAUGCAGAUCUGAACCCCCACCAGAAGGAAAAGAAACCCGGGCGACGGAGAAGGAAAAAAGAAAAUGAACAAGCGAAUUUACCACUUUCAGAGCGUUACGACUUUAGGAAACCCCAGCAAGAAUGCACAAACCUUAAAGUUGCUACUGUUCCUAGGCAGAAAAACUACAGCGUAUCCAGCUUAAACCUUGCUCAGGUCACUCGGGUGAGCGUAAUGAUGUCCCUGGGACACCUAGCUAAAGGGGCUAGCUUGGAUGACCUAAUUGAGACCUGCAUUCAGUCCUUUGAUGCAGAUGGGAACCUGUGUCGAAGCAGCUACUUGUUGCAAGUUACACUGACUAUGCAUCGCUUCAAUGUGUCGUCCACGGAGCUACUGCAGAAACUCAUCACACUAUAUCAAAAUGCUUUAGAGCAAAACUGUGCUGCAGCUUGCCUGAAGGUCUGUUACUUUAUAAGGUACUGGAUAAAGGAGUUCUGGAUAAUGUUUAAAAUGGACAAAGCUCUUUCAGAAACAAUGGAAAGUUUUCAGGAACUGGUCAGAAGGAAUGGUGAAGAGUCACACUCCCAAUUCAUUGACACAUCACAAAUAAAUACACGUGAUUGGUCACGGAAAAUCACACAACGGAUAAAACCAAACUGUAGCAAAAAGCGAAAAGUUUCUCUCCUAUUUGAUCACUUGGAGCCAGGAGAGCUGGCUGAACACCUAACCUACCUCGAAUUCAAAUCCUUCCGGAGGAUCUCUUUUUCAGAUUAUCAGAACUACAUAUUGACUGGCUGUGUGAAGGACAAUCCCACAAUGGAACGUUCUGUAGCUUUGUGUAAUGGCAUUUCACAAUGGGUCCAGCUUAUGGUUCUCAGCAGACCUACACCACAGUUACGGGCUGAAGUCUUCACCAAGUUUAUUUGUGUGGCUCAGAAACUCCAGCAGCUUCAGAACUUUAAUACACUAAUGGCAGUGGUUGGAGGUUUGUGUCAUAGCUCAAUUUCCAGACUCAAAGAAACAAGCGCUUGUGUCCCUCAUGAUGUUCAUAAGGUGAUGAAUGAAAUGACUGAGCUGCUCUCGUCCAGUGGAAACUACAACAACUAUAGACGUGUGUACAGUGAAUGCAUAGACUUCAAGAUCCCUAUUCUGGGCGUCCAUCUGAAAGAUCUUAUUUCACUACACGAAGCCUUGCCAGAUUGUGUUGAAGACAACAAGAUUAAUGUACACAAAUUGCAGACUCUCUACAAUCAUAUCAAUGAGCUUGUGCAGCUUCAGAACACCGCACCUCCAUUAGAUGCAAACAAGGACCUGGUUCAUUUGCUCACACUCUCUUUGGACCUCUACUAUUCAGAAGAUGAAAUUUACGAGCUUUCGUAUGCCCGUGAGCCAAGAAACAACAAAGUUCCACCAGCAACUCCUUGUAAACCACCUGUAGUAGCAGACUGGGCCCCUGGAGUCUCAACAAAGCCAGAUCCCAAGACAAUCAGUAAACAUGUUCAGCGCAUGGUUGAUUCUGUCUUUAAAAAUUACGACCACGAUCAGGAUGGCUAUAUUUCCCAAGAGGAGUUUGAAAAGAUUGCUGCAAGUUUUCCAUUUUCCUUUUGUGUUAUGGACAAAGAUUGUGAAGGUCUAAUAAGCAGAGAAGAAAUCACAGCCUACUUCAUGAGAUCCAGCUCCAUCUUCUCGAAAUCAGUCCUAGGCUUUCUGCAUAAUUUCCAGGAGACAACCUAUCUGAAACCAACUUUUUGUGACAACUGUGCUGGAUUUAUCUGGGGUGUUAUAAAACAAGGGUACAGAUGCAGAGAUUGUGGUAUGAACUGUCACAAACAGUGUCGAGACCUGGUGGUGCUGGAAUGCAAAAAUAAAGCCAAGAUCACAGAUGCCAGUCCAACCUCGAGCUCCACUGCUCCUGCACUUUGUUCUGCAGAAACCAAAGGCCUCAACACUGCAAAUGAAGAUGGACCAUUUACAUACUUCAAUGAGAAAGUGCAUGAUGAUUCUGAACGCAAAGAUCGCACAAUUGUACUAAUGGGGGGCUCAGCUCAGAAGAUCUCAGUGAGAUUGAAGCCUGUUGUAACGAACAAGGCCACACAGACUGAUAUAACUGGCUCAGACACAGAUACUACUGGAAAUCAAGCAACUUCUUUGGGAAGAAUGAAGACAUCAGACACAUCUUUGUUAUCCCCAAACAUACUUCCAUUGUGUCCAAGUCCUAUUCCAGCUCGCAGAAGACCCUGUGUGAAAUGGGAAAAUAUGGCAUCCUUUCACAAACCGAAAAAUGACGACUUUAGCAAGGAGCAUCGAUUAUAUCAACUAGAAAAGGAAAGAACUCUACUGCGAGAAGAAAAAGAAAAGUUGCACAUUGAAAAUACAAGUCUGCAAACAAAGUUAUUAGAGGCACAGCAAGAAAUUAAGGCCCUUACAGAACAACUAGAUUUAUUCCGAAAACAUAUGAUUAUGGAACCAAGAGUCUCAUCGCUGACACAAGAAUAAAAUGUAAGAUAUGUAAACUGUUCAUAACAAGUAUUUCUGUACAGUACGGGAAUCUACAGAAAAUGUUGAAAAUGUGAGAAUUUCUGUGAAAAUUGAUGGAUAUUUUCCGUAUUAUUUAACUGUGUCUUCUUUUCAAGAACAACCUUUACCUAGUUUUUAAAUCAGCGAUCUAGAAGCAAGCAUUACUACAAACACUAGACACUUUUGAUAAUAUUUUCCAUCAACUUUAUGAAGUAUCGAGUGCACACCCUGAGCAGCAGACUAAGACUGGAUGCAGAUGAACAUUUGAUUAAAGAAAACUAAAAAUAACAAUUUUGUAAAUUUACACAUGGGGUUAACCUUAAAUUCUGCAUUAGCGUAAGACAGUUAAAAAGGUGCACCAGCCAUGAUUCACCUUUACAUGAAAGAGGUGAAUAAGUGCUGGCUCUCCAUUGUCACAACUUUAUACUACUGUUAACCAAUGUUACCUCUGAUCUGUUUUAAACAUAAAUGUCACUUGGCAAAGAUAACCAUUUCAAAUGUGUUUGUGGGUAGUUUAAAUAAAUACAAUACCUUGCAGGCACAUUUUUUGGUAGCAUGAACUGAAGUUUAUGCAGAAAAUAUAUUCGUUAUUCUAAGAUGAAAGUUGCCAGAAGGAAUCUUUCUAAGAAAAAUUAUUACUAGAAUUCACAGCAUAUUUUCUACAAACAUUUCCCUAAUAGGUGAGAGAAAGAUGUUUCCAGUACUAUCAUUUUAUGCCUCACAUUUAGUGCCAAUUUUAAUGUAAGACUCAGAGUCUGUUGUAAAAUUUUCUGCUGAAAUAGUUACAUUACUUACUGCAAUGAUUUGAUCACAGUCACCAAAACACCUUUAGCCAAAGAAGAUAUUGGAGAACUAUUUUCACACUAUGGUCAUCUACAGAACAAUGGUAACUACAUUUCUAAAUAAUUUACUCAGUGUCUGUGACAUCAGGAAAGGCACACUGGAAGUACAAGUACUUUUUUCUUUCAUCAGAAAGUUCCUUGAAAAUAAGAGGGUGCUAUACCUUUAAAAGUGUUAAGCCUCCUAAAUAAAGAAUUGUCGUAAAGAUUUUGCUUAAAGCUUUUAUGUUACAAGGCAAAUCACCAGUCUAUAUCAAUGAAUCACAUCCCUCCCUACCUUUCCACUUAGACCUGAUAAAACAUCCUGACCUGAUCAAGUCAUCAAAGAUGAAUCAUAAUGACAUGAGAGUCACCCCAGGAUCACUCAGAAGUUUCCAUCGCUAGCCCUAAAAAUGUCACAUCUAUAAUGAGGGAGGCUCAGCCGAACAUAUACAAUUACUUCAGUUUUUUAGUGGGCACUUAUAGCCACUUGAGGCACACAUAUAAAACAGGCAUAUUCAGAGUUAAUGUUUUAGGUUGUUACCUUUAAUCCAGCACUUUUUAAAAAAAAUUCAUAUUUGCA